AUGCUUUGGAAGAGAUGUCUGUAUUUACAGCAGGAAUACCCAAUAAACUACAUGGAAGUUCAUCAGGUGUGCAAGAGGAGAGGUGUGAAUGAGAUCUACGAAGACAUAAAUAGAAUGGUCAUUAGAAUAUCCAUAGUAAUGCUAUCCCUCUCUCUUUUCAAGGUUAUGAUGCUGGAGGAUAAGCCUGGGAUGCCAAAGUCGUCAUGGUUCUCUUUCAUUUCCACAUUUAUAGAAAACUUUUUAGAGAAUAGAGAAGACACAGGAAUCAAUCUAAAGCCAAACUUCAUGCUUCUAACAUUUGCAUACUUGUUAUCUCCUUUAAUAAGAACUCUAACCCUUGAAAUACAUCCCACUACGCUAUAUGUAUAUUUCACAAUAACACAGUUAUUCUUCAUUAUAGACUCUGUGUCCGCAUCCAUAUAUAAUACAGGAUCUCCUAUCGAAGUGAAAGAUGAAGAGACUCCUCUUUCUCUUGAAGAAAGUAUAAACAUACCAAAGAGAACAUCAAGCAACCAAAUACUUGGCUUGACAUCCUAUUUCCUAGGAUUCAUCCUUCUUUCGUCGAGGUUCAAUGAGCCAUCCUCGGUCUUCAAUCUUCUGUGUUCAACAUUCAUGGGAUACAUAAUCCUAUUAAAUCACAUUGAACGCCUUGGAAUUCAUAGGAGCACGUGGGCAACAGCCUUGGUAUAUGUCUUUGUGUCUAUCAUGACGUUUCUUCCAGACGUCAGAAUAUUUUGUGUAUAUAGUUGUAUUGUCACAUUUGUGUAUUGGGUCUCCCACAUAUCAGUCUGGCUUCUUGAAAAGGAUCUCGAUAGAAAAGCAGCCUGUUCAAGUAAACCUCAAUAG